CAUGGACGGAGAAUCGUUUCAUCCCCCGAGAGACGUGUCUGUUGAGUCCAGUGCUCCUGGCGACGAGGUCCACCCUCCGGCUCUGUCCAGUGGUGCUCCGCCCGAAGUGAGGGAGCUAGCAGAAGACGGAGGGAGUACUACACUGGGUAAGAGGCCGCGGGGCGAUGCUACAGCGACUAGCGAUGAGUCCAUGGAGUGCUCUCAAUCCUCGGACGGGUUUGCUGCAAAGCGACAGCAGUCCUCAGCUCAUUGCCAGGAUGCCCUCCUCUGUCUCCCCCUGGAGCUAGACAGCUCUCACGUGACGCCUCAGAAACUGGCCCAGGAGCUCGCGAGAUGUCUACACGAGUCCAAGUACAUGUUGGUGAAGAGUGUGGUGAACGUGUUGGGCUCAGAGAGGUGCAUUGAACUGUUCACAAAGACAGCUGAGACGCAGAAGAAGGGAGGGCUCCUCAGUGCUGACAGUGACAAAAAGCGUGCUCCUGGCGGUGUAUUCUUCUCUCUCGUAAAGAGCAACACCACCGAGGGAGAGAGGAAACAAAUUUUCUCCGAGGACAAGAAGAAGUUAGCAAAGCGAGCGAAGAAGGCAAGAGAAGACAGGGCAAAGAAGAGGAGGGAGGAGGAGGAGAGGGUCCUCGAGGGUGCACAGAGAGAGCUGGAGAUUUUCAGACAAGACCUUGCAGUGAGUGGAGAGGAGAGAGAACACCCGCCAGACAAAAACAUGGAACGGAGGUGGAGAGAAAAAGGAGGUGGUGGAGUACACUGACCUCGACGACCCCGUGAACCCAGAGGACAGCGGAGAACUGAACGAGGGAUGGAGAAACGAGUUGGGUGAUGAUGGCGAUUCUGACGAUUUCGCGUUUCAACUGAGCAAGUACCAGCAGCUUAGAACAAAGGAGCCGCUAAGCAAGGAAGAAGAUGGAGCGAGUGUGGCAGUGGGAGACAGUGCAUCGCUUUGGGAGGAAAAGGUUGCUGCAGAUCAAUUUGAAGAAACUGAUGUGUGUAGCCUUGGGAUUGAUAUCAUCUGUGACUUUUAGGGAGACAUUUUUAAAUUAUGCACUUGUGAAUAUUGCACUCCUUCAUUGAGGGUGAGUAAUUGAACUUUUAAGCCUCGCCUGUGCACUUGAUAUACACUCGAGGGGAUACAUCUUCUUGCAUGGACGAGAUGGGCGUUUGCAAGAGUGAAUUGUU